AUGAAUCAUCAUAAUAACAAUCAUCGCCAAGCCAACGUUGGACGUCGGAUGGCAACCCGAGGAGGACACAACAACACAGGCCGACGAUUCAUGGCUCAAUAUCGUACCAACAAUAACAAUCACAACAACAACAACAACAACAACAGCAUCCAUCGCCCUUCUUCGGCCAUACCUCAACAAUCACCACAACAGCAUCCAUCUCACCAUCAUUAUCAUCAUCGGUCUUAUUCGACCAUAUCUAUGAAUCGCUCACAUUCAUCGUCAUAUCCUUCUCGUGGAGGACGAGCUGAUCGAACAAUGGUUUCACGAGGGCCAAAUCAUCAUCAUUUGCAAGCCAAUGUUUCUUCUUCUUCCACCACUCCUCACCAACAACAACAACAACAACACCACGACCAUCAAGAACAUGCUACAACCUCACAUCAUCAACCACAUGAUGAUGAUGAUUCAAUUAUUGUACUCGAUGAUCUUGAUCAUGAAGAAGAGGAGGAACCAGAAUUUGAUGAUGCAGCUUCAAGCAGUAGUAGUGAUAGUUAUAGCAGCAGUAGUAGUAGCUCAUCAUCCUCAUCAUGGAUGUUUGCCGACUUGAAUAAUCACCAUCAGACGAUCAAUCACCAGCAUGCUGAAGAGAACAAUCAAGAAGAUGCCCUUACCUUACCUUUAUUCGAUCAGGAUGAGGAAGAUGAAUUGUUUCUUGAUCCGAGAGUCUCCAUUAUUGAUUUUGCACGGGAGCAAGUUUCCUCUCCCGAAGUUUUAAACAUUUCAUCAGGAUCUGAAGGGGCGGAAGUUGUUUCGGAGACUAAUAAUACCAACAGCAACAACAGCAACAACAAUAGAACUGCUAAUAAUAUCAGUUUAUUCAACACAGCAACAACAACAACAACGAAUACUACAUUGCCACGUGGAAAUCAUUCAACAACAGCACCCAGUGCACCAAGAAGACCUCCACACUGGACUGUGGCUUCUCCAGUUUUGAACAAUUCAAGACGAAAUGGUUCAUCAUCUUCAGUGAAUUUACUUCCCACUCGAUCCUUCGUAGCAUCGACCACAAAUUCACCUCAUGCAAGAUCGAGACACAACACGGAUCAUCAUCAAGUGACACACGACAAUAUUGAUGAUUUUCUUGAACAAUUGGAAGAUGAGGAAAGAAUGGAACAAGGACGCAACAGAAAUAACAAUAAUAAUACACAUGACCAGAGACGUCCUUUAACGGCCAGAACCGAACGAAUGCACAGAUACAGAUUUAAUGCGCCUUCAUCGAGUAGUGGAAAUCAUUCCAAUAAUAGUAGCAAUACUCCUUCGUCGUUGGCUGCUAAUUUUAUCUCACGAUAUCAUGACGAUGACAAUGACAUGCAUCACCAUGGUUUGGAUAUGUCACAUCCUCUCUUUUUAGAGCUUCAACGAAGAGAAUUGGAGCGAUACAGCAGAAUGAGACAAACCACUACCUCAAAUAGUAGUCGGGAGGACAACCGAACAACUACCAAUAACUUACACAGAGGAUCCUCCAGCUCUAGCAGCAGUACCAGUACUACAUCACCAACCUCUAGUGAGUCUUCUUCAUCUUCCUCAGCCUUACGUAUCCCUCAACAAAUAUUCAGAUUUCUCCACAACGCUUCACACCACCAUCCACAGCAACAACAGCAUACUUCUAACACUUCGCCGUUCAUUCAUGCUCCAACUCUUUUAUUUACACCUCCCACCAUAUUUGCGCAACCAACAACUUCAACAUCUCAUCAGGGACGAGGCCCAUUCCGAUUCCAUCAUUUGUCACACAACAAUAAUCGACAUGGAAUUAUUGGAGGAUCAAUUCACCCUUUAUAUUUUGUUGAUAGAGAUUUCGAUGAGAGAGAUUAUGAAUUGCUACUACAGCUGGAUGCUCAACAACCAACUAAAACUGUUGAGACAUCAAUCAUUGACAAAAUUCCUCUUGUGACAGUGGAAGAAAGCAGUUGCACAUGUAGCAUUUGUUUGGAUGAUCUUGAAGUUGGAUCUAAGGCUAGAGAAAUUCCAAUUUGUAAUCACAAAUUCCAUUCUAACUGUAUAGAGACUUGGCUUAAAGAUUAUGGCCAUACAUGUCCAGUUUGCAAGCAAGCCGUAUCAGAAAUUGACUUUGAUGCUCUCAAAGAAAAUGAAAACCCAAAAAAGAGAAAGGACAUGGAGAAUGUUCAAGAAGCAAGUACGACGAAUUCUCAGGCAAGAAAGAAAGCCAAGCAUAGAAGAAGGUAA